CUAUUAAUAAUUCGAUAACUUAAUAUUAAUCAGUUUAUUCAUUAAAUGCGUUCUAUAUUUGAACAUUUUACAUUCUUUCAAUUCAAUCCAAAGGGAAACAUACCAUAAAUAUCUUAGUGGUAAAUAAUCAUCAUAUCACUGAAUAUUUACAUUUUAACCCUAGUAACUUACUAAUGUACAUAUGUUCAAUUUGUUUCAGUACAGCUCAUUACAAACAUGACCGACCUUAGCAUUUCAAAAUCAGUAACCGAAUAUGGUUGUACCAAAAGCGCAGACAAACUUCAUCAGUAUAUAUACGAUCAUUCACUACGUCUGUCUGAAGCACAAAAGUGGUUAUUGCAGGAGAGUAGAAAACAUCCACUGUCAUUAAUGCUUUUCUCCAGUAUAGAAAUGCAACUUCUAUCGAAUUUGUGUUAUGCGAUAAAUGCUAGAAAGACACUUGAUGUUGGAGUUUAUACUGGAUAUAGUGCAUUGUCUAUCGCGGAAGUAUUGCCAUCAGAUGGACGUGUAGUUGCCUUGGAUAAAACGGAUGAAUAUCUGAAAGUCUAUUGUUUGCCAGCAUGGAAGAAGGCAGGUGUAGAAUCGAAAAUUGACUUCCGACUCGGUCCAGCGCUUCAAACACUACAAAAUUUGAUUGAUAAUGGAGAGAGUGAAACAUUCGAUUUUGCCCUGAUCGAUUUAGAUCAACGAAACUACUGUAAAUAUUACGAAUUAUGUUUAAAACUAGUUCGACCUCGUGGAAUCAUCGCCAUUGAUAAUGUUCUAUGGAGUCAGUUUGUGCUCGACGAGAAUGAUAACAGUCCUGCAACUGUCGGUAUAAGAGAAAUGAAUGCAUUGAUAUCUAGAGAUAACUCUGUUCGAAUUUCUCUCUUAAGAACUGGAGAUGGAUUAACAAUUGUUGUGAAGAAUUGA